AAAAAUAAAUAAAUUUCCUAUACUGAGUAAGCAGGGAAUGGCGACGACUUCUAAAGUCGCUGUUUCUUUUUCUGAGCAAGCUACGCAAACGACCCCACCUUAUUUGCUCCGUUUAUGUUUCCCAAGCGGACUUUCCCCGAAGGAUCGAAUUCGAAAAGGAAAGGAACUUUUUAAAACUUUCAAGCCGGGGAGAGACGGCCAUGGCGGCGGCUGCUGCUUCUGCAGCCGGGAACCCCCUGCGGGAUCUCUGCGACGAAGUCACUUGUCCCAUCUGCCUGAAUGGUUUCAAGGACCCGGUGACCAUAACUACGUGCGGGCACAAUUUCUGCAGCACCUGCCUGAGCAGCUACUGCCAAGGACCCGAGAAAAGCGGCACCACCUGCCCCCAGUGCAGAAAAACCUUCGACCAGGGACAAAACAUCAUCCCCAACCGGUCGCUGGCCAACGUGGUGGAGAUCGUGAAGAAGUUCCGACGGGCCAAACAGAAGUCAGGCAAAGGCAACUUGUGUGAAAAGUACCACCGACCCGUGCAAGUCCUCCACUGUGACAUCUGCGGCACCACCAAUCCGCACAGCAGCAACCAUGGGAGCCCAACCGUGCAGAAAGCUAACGAUGCAAAUAAGGAAUUCAUUGACAAUUUUCUGGAGAUGCUGAAGGAGGGAAAACAAAAUAUUUUGGCACGUCAGUCAGGCGGAGAGAAGGAAAGCAAGGACUUGCUGAGACACAUAAAAGUGGAGCGAGAAAAGGCGACAUCUCUGUUCAAAGGUCUUCACCACUUCCUGGAAGACCAAGAAAAACAAUUCCUGGCCGAGAUGGUAGAAGUAGAGGAGGAGAUAAUCAGAAAAAGAGAUUCCUUCACGGCUUUCUAUUCUCAGGAAUUUUCACUCUAUGAAAGGAUCAUCCAGAAGAUAAAAAAUUCUCAGCAGCCCAACGAUGAACUCUUUACGGAAAUCUUAAACAGCUUGCAGACUGAGGAAAAUAUUGCGAGCUAUUCAUCUUUUCAACCUGCCCUAAAGUGGAGAAUUUGGGACGUCUAUGAUACCAAUCACAUCCUGGAAGAAAUCACGAAACACUUUAAAGACACUUUGCUAUCUGGUCUUCAGCUUCAGAAAGCAAACAUAACCCUGGAUCCAAACACAGCUCAUCCCCAACUCACCCUGUUCCUGGAUGGUAAAGCAGCGGAACUACACGAAUAUUGUCAAGAAUUGCCCAAGAAUCCUGAAAGAUUUGACUUACUGGCUGUGGUGUUGGGACGUGAAGAAUUCAAGGAGGGCCGGCAUUUCUGGGAAGUCAACAUAGAGAGUCAGAAAGAAUGGGCAGUGGGGAUUUCUCGUAAGAGUGUGAAAAGGAAGGAUUUGUUCUCCUUCAAUACAGAAGAAGGGAUCAGUAUGCUGGGAAGAUGGGGUGAUAAUUACAGAUUCUCCCUCCCACCUAAUCCUCUUCCUCACAUCCCGGACAAGAAAUUAAAAAGAAUCCGGGUGUGUCUCAACUCUGCUGCGGGGAAGAUUUCAUUUUUUGAUGCUGAGACUGGAACUCUGCUCUAUUCAACAACUUCGUUUCCAGGGGAGAUCGUUCUUCCAUUCUUUUGGUUGGGGUCAUGCGCCCAGCUCAGUAUUUGCCAAUGAGACCUUCCAGUGGGGCCCCUGUAAGAAUUCCAGAUGUUUCUAACAUUGAUAGGCUCAGGGUGUCUUUGUUCUGUCCCCAACCACACGCACACACACCAAUAGACGUUCAAGAGGUAAAGACCAAACCAGCCGGCAAAAUCCUUUUCCUUAUGAUAACGGAACUUGGCAACAACCUAGUGGCUGCCUGCCAAGAGUUUAUUAUUUACGAAGAGGAGAGAUAACUUCUCCCCACUCCUGGUACAUCAAAAGAAACAGCUCAAUAAUUACGGAGUCAAUCAAGUCCAGAGAUAAUCCAGCAAAGUCUAUAGCAAAAAGUCUGGCAAUGCAGAAUGGUGUGGAAGCUUUCAGCUUUGUUCGUCACAAGGUUUGACUGGCCACCACGCUCCCUUUUAUAUCCUGUGUGGUGUGGUCCAAUGACUCAGACUAAUCUCGGGCACGUCUUUUCUUCUGUUGCGCGCGCUUAUCUCUGCGAUGCUGGCGUGGAUCCAGCCAAGACUCAUUACCCUCAUCACUGUCCAUCUGUGGCUGCGUGGACGUGCUUGGCCCCAGCCCUAUCUCUUGCCCUUCGGCGGACACCGAAGGCAUUGCCAGAGAGGAGGGUCCUGGAGAGAGAGGCCUUGCCAACUCCUCUUCCUCACUCUCAGAGUCUGCAUCUGUCGAUAGCCCAGGCUCAGGCAACGGAGCCACAACAGUCUUGUAGUUCUUUAUAAAUUUCUACUGGUAGCGCAUCUGGUCCUGGAGUUUUAUUGGUUUUUUUUUUUUUUUUUUUUUGCUUUUUGAUUGCUUCUGUUAGUUCUGCCAUUGAUAUUCUUUCUUCCAGCCUACUGUAUUUUUCGGAGUAUAAGACACACCGGAGUAUAAGACGCACCUUAGUUUUUGGGGAGGAAAAUAAGAAAAAAGCUGAUUGGUAGGUGGAUCGGCCUCCUGGAAUACCCCCAAUCAGCUAUUCCCAGAGGUGAAUUUUAGCAACAGGUUCCUUGGUUGUGAGCUGUUUCAGAAAAAACUUUUUUUUUCUGCCUCUAAAAGCCUCAGAAACAGAGCUUCAGAAAAAAAGCCUCUGAAGGUCUGUUUGGGGGCUUCUUUCCUGAAACUCUGUUUGGUGUCUUCUUUUCUGAAGCUCUGUUUGGGGGCUUUUCUGAAGCUCUGAAGCUUCAUUUCUGAUGCUUUUUUUCAGCCUCUGAAACCUCCGCUUGAGAAGCUGGGCGGGGCUACAUUUGGAAUAUAAGAUGCACCCAGAUUUCCCCCCUCUUUUUUGGGAGAAAAAGGUGUGUCCUAUACUCUGAAAAAUAUGAUAUUCUUUACCGUUUCUGAAAUUUUAGGUAAAUUAGCUUUAUCCAAAUACUGUAUUAUUCUUUUCUCUGGUAUUGUGUCAUGUUCAUAUAACCUCUCAUAAAAGUCAUGUGUUAUGUCUUUUUUCAUAUUGACAGUGUAAUGUGCCUUCCUUAUCCUGUAGUUUUAUUAUCCAAUUCUUUUUAGUCGUAAAAAGGGAGAAAACUCACUUAACAGAUUUCUCGCUUAGCAACAUAAAUUCUGGGCUCAAUUGUGGUCGAGUACCUGUAGACAGUUCCAAGACAUUCCUUUUAAUAUGUAUCGCUCAUUGUGUGCUUGCUUAGUCUCUUGUAAUUUCUUCCUUUCCUGUGAGUGUAAAUAUAAGUAUUAAUUUCUUCUUGCUACAAUAGUUCAGAUGGGAUUCCGUAGGGUGGCAGAAUAAGGAAAAGGGCUAUGAAAUUUAUUCCCCUUUCCCAACUUCCUUUGUAAAUCAAGUUCCAGAAAAUGAACCUUCAUCAUCCUUAGGGCUUUGCGGCCUUAUAUUUCUGAUGCUGUAAGUAUGCUAAGGGUUGAUUUCCUAAUAAACCUUUUUCAAGAUUUA